UCGCCACGGCCGCCCCGCGCACGGCUGCUCGGUGCGCGCCGCCCCGCCCGCCGGGCCAUGGACUCGGACGCCAGCCUGGUCUCCAGCCGCCCGUCCUCCCCGGAGCCCGAUGACCUCUUCCUCACGGCCAGGAAUAAAGGCAGCGGCGGGGGCUUCACGGGCGGCACCGUGUCCAGCUCCACGCAGAGCGACUCGCCGCCCGAGCUGAGCGCCGAGCUGCGCAGCGCCAUGAGCGCUGCGGGGGUGGUGGUGGUGGACAAGCUGGGCUUCAAGUCCUCCUCGUCGUCCUCCUCGUCGUCCUCCUCUUCCUCCUCCAAGAAGGACAAGAAGCAGAUGACGGAGCCGGAGCUGCAGCAGCUGCGGCUGAAGAUCAACAGCCGGGAGCGCAAGCGGAUGCACGACCUGAACAUCGCCAUGGACGGGCUGCGGGAGGUGAUGCCCUACGCGCACGGCCCGUCGGUGCGCAAGCUCUCCAAGAUCGCCACGCUCCUCCUGGCGCGCAACUACAUCCUCAUGCUCACCAACUCCCUGGAGGAGAUGAAGCGCCUGGUCAGCGAGAUCUACGGCGGCCACCACGCCGGCUUCCACCCCGCCGCCUGUCCCGGCGGCAUGGGCGCGCACUCGGCGCCGCUGCCCGGCCACCCGGGCCACCCGGCCUCGCACCCCGUGCACCACCCCAUCCUGCCCCCCGCCGCCGUCUCCAGCGCCUCCCUGCCCGGCUCCGGCCUCUCUGCCGUCAGCUCCAUCCGGCCCCCGCACGGGCUCCUCAAGUCGCCCUCGGCCGCCGCCGCCGCGGCCGCCCCGCUGGGCAGCGGCUUCCAGCACUGGGGGGGGAUGCCGUGCCCCUGCAGCAUGUGCCAGGUGUCGGCCCCGCCGCACCACCACGUCUCGGGCAUGGGCACCGCCAGCCUGCCCAGAUUAGCCACCGACACCAAAUGAGCCCCUCGGCGGGGCGGCCCCGGCACCUCCAGGACCUACAAACGCUCCCCCCCGGCGGCAGCGGGACCGCCCCGCUCCGCUCCCGGGGCUGCCGGAGGGGAUGGAGCCCGGCCCGGGCUCUGCCCUGCUCCUCCGGCUACGAGCACAGCCCCGCGCAUCUCCUGUAUUUUGAAUUUUCCGACGCUGCCGAGGACUCUGGAGGAGGGGAGGGCGGCGCUGCCGGGGCUCGCCGCUAACGGAGGAACCAGAACUGCAGAGGGGCUGCGGCUCCGUUAUCACCCGAUCCCUCCCGUGCUCUCCGUUAUCACCCGAUCCCUCCCGUGCGGCUCCGUUAUCCCCCGAUCCCUCCCGAGCCGCUCUCGUCUGGACACGCGGAGCCCUUGGAGCCGUUCCUGGGUGUCACCCCGGGGAUGGGGAGCGCAGCCGGGGAUGGGGGCUCAUUCCCCGCUCCCCCCGAGGGAUCUCUCGCUUUUCUCUCCGCUUCGGGAUCUGUAAAUAGACCGAUAAGGACGCGAGUCCGCUCUGCCUGA